CGACACCACGUGACGCCGUGUGUGUAAACAACUGUUGGGACAUUUAAACGGUCAGCUGUCAGAGAAGUGGAGCGACCAACCGACGCUGCUCCGAUAUGCAAUAUGAACUCUUCAAGGUCCUCGCUGGCGUUUCUCCUCCGUGAAGGCCGACCCACCGUGACGCUGGGCACCAACCGUCCUCAGAACUUCGCGGAGACGCUGCCGAUGGAGAUGAGCGUGAGGAUCUUCGGUGAGCUGGACGCGGAGAGUCUGUGCAGCGCCUCGAGGACCUGCAGACUUUGGCAUCACAUCAUCGAGCAGAGCGAACAGCUGUGGAGGAGGCAGUGUCUGCUGGUCCGAGCCAUCUGCAGGAGGGAGGUGGACAGAGACCGAAGGGAUGGACUGUCCUGGAAGGUCACUCUGGUCAGGAACUACAGCCGCUGCUGUCUGAAGCGUGAUUGGCUGAGAGGAUGUUUCAGCAGGGUGAGGUCGGCUGACGAGCUGAGCAGCAGGAAGAUGACGCCGCUGGACGCCGAGACGUGGGGAGAAAUCCUGCAGACCGAGUUGGACAGAUGAUAGCUGGAGAACCUGGAGCACUUCUCAGUGCCUCAGUUUUAACCCUAAUACAGACCUGAUCAAAAUCUUAAGACCAUUUGAAAAAUAGCUAGAAUUUACCUUUUGCACAUUUGGAUCUUAAUGAGGUUUUAAAUAGAGCUACAAUAUGCAAAAGCAAGAAGUGAGACAAAAAGCACUUUGAAAAAGUAAUUUAUUGAAAACAACAAGUAAACUGAAAUAGGCUGUUUAUCAGCUGAUCAAAAGUUUAAGACCACAGGCUAUAAAAGCCCAAAUCUGCUCAAAAUUUUCAUCUUCUGUCAGGCAUUCACACGGUCAUGCCCUCCUGAUGGCUAAAGCUAAGAAGCUUUCUCUUCUUGAACGUGGUCGGAUCAUCGAGCUGCAUAAGCAAGGCCUCUCGCAGCGUGCCAUUGCUGCUGAGGUUGGACGCAGUAAGACAGUCAUUCUAAAUUUUUUGAAAGAUCCUGAGCAUUAUGGAACAAAAAAGUCAAGUGGUAGACCCAAAAAAAUUACACCUGCGCUGAGCCGGAGGAUCCGAUUGGCUGUCCGUCAAGACACAGGGUGGUCCUCGACCCGGAUUAAGGCCCUUACUGGUGCCGACUGCAGCGCAAUAACCAUCAGACGGCAUCUGUAGGAAAAGGUUUUCAAAAACAAAAAACUAAUUCAAAGACCUCGUCUCCUACAACGCCACAAAACUGCCCGUUUAGACUUUGCCAGGGAGCAUCAAACAUGGGACAUUGAAAGGUGUAAAAAAGUUCUAUUCUCUGAUGAGAAAAAAUUUCACCUUGACGGUCCAGAUGGCUUCCAACAUUACUGGCAUGACAAGGAGAUCCCACCUGAGAUGUUUUCUACCCGGCACAGUGGAGGGGGUUCCAUCAUGAUCUGGGUGCUUUUUCAUUCAGUGGAACACUGGAGCUUCAGGUGGUACAGGGUCGUCAAACGGCGGCUGGUUACGUGCAGAUGUUGCAGCAGGCAUCCCUCAUGACUGAGGGCCCUCGUCUGUGUGGUAACAGCUGGGUUUUUCAACAGGACAACGCUGCAGUUCACAAUGCUCGCUUGACCAAGGACUUCUUCAGGGAGAAUAACAUCACUCUUUUGGACCAUCCCACAUGUUCCCCUGAUUUAAAUCCCAUAGAGAACAUUUGGGGAUGGAUGGCAAGGGAAGUUUAUAAAAAUGGCCAUCAGUUCCAGACAGUUGAUGCCCUUCGUGAAGCCAUCUUCACCACUUGGAGCAAUGUUCCCACCAGCCUCCUGGAAACACUCGCAUCAAGCGUGUCCAAACCAAUUUUUGAAGUGAUUAACAAGAACGGUGGAGCUACUCAUUACUGAGUCCUACUGAGAAUUUUUUUUGUUCUGGUUUGGAGAGUUUUUUGUAAUUUUUUGAGCGAUGGUCUUAAACUUUUGAUCAGCUGAUAAACAGCCUAUUUCAGUUUACUUGUUGUUUUCAAUAAAUUACUUUUUCAAAGUGCUUUUUGUCUCACUCCCCCUUCUUGCUUUUGCAUAUUGUAGCUCUACUUAAAACCUCAUUAAGAUCCAAAUGUGCAAAAGGUAAAUUCUAACUAUUUUUCAACUGGUCUUAAGAUUUUGAUCAGGUCUGUAUAUACUUUUAUAAACUCACACCACUGUACAUAUUUAAUUUUUUAUUAAGAAACAAAAGGAUCAUGCAGAAUGAAAUGACUGAACUGAAAUGUUUGUUUUGAUGUAAAUGUGGCUCAGAUGCAAUAAAUCUCAUGUUUGUGAGGCUCA